AUGAUACAGCGGUUUUGUUUGUUGGGGAUUUUGAUUUUCUUCAACAAACCAUGGGCAACAAGUACAUUCGACGAUUCCAUCGAUGGAAAACCAAUCAGCUCUUGUAAUUCAAAUCAAUUUUUUUGUGGUUCUGGAGAAUGUAUACCUUUAAAAUGGAAAUGUGACUUUAACCCUGAUUGUGCCGAUGGUUCUGAUGAAUUUGAUUCAUGUGGCUUUCCAACAUGCAAGUAUUCUCAGUUCCAAUGUGCAUUAUCAAAAAAAUGUAUACCACGAGAAUGGAUAUGUGAUGGUGAACUUGAUUGCGGUGCUUCUUUAAAUUCUACAGAACAAGAUGCAUCUGAUGAGGACUUAUUGCAAUGUCAAAAACCUAGUAGUUGUCCUCCAAACAUGGCAAGAUGUGGUAAUUCAACCCAGUGUAAAUAUAUUGAAUCUUUUUGUGAUGGUACUACUCAUUGUGAAAAUAGUACCGAUGAAGGAAGUUUUUGUGAAAAUAUGGUUCCAUGCCAUGGUUUAAAUUGUGCACACGGAUGUAAACCAACUGGAAAAGGUCCAGCUUGUUUUUGUCCUGAAGGAAUGCAACCACAUAAUAAUGAAUGUAUAGAUAUGGAUGAAUGUGAAGUUUUAAAUUAUACUUGUGAUCAAAUAUGUACUAAUAAAAAAGGAUCAUUUAGUUGUAGUUGUGUUCCUGGUUAUAUUCAAACAAAUUCAACAUGUAAAGCUAUUAAUGUUCCUGAAAAUGAACAAGCAUCAAUACUUGUUAGUACUUCUAAAGAUAUUCGAAGAAUAUACCUUAAUGGAAGUUCUUAUGCUGGCGAAAGAUGUAAUGUUCAAGCACUUUCUUUGACAUUUGAUCAUAGAAACCAUACAGUAUGUUUUGUACAUCAACACAAUAAAACAAAUGGAGCUAAAUUGAGUUGUGCUAAUAUUGAUAAUCUUUCCGUGACGGACAUUUGGGAUUUACCUCCACCUACAUUUUUUCCAUUAUUAGGGACUACGCAUGUGGCAUUAGAUUGGGUAUCAAGAAACUGGUAUUAUGUUGAUGAUGAUCGAGAUAUGAUAUAUAUGUGUACUUAUAAUAUGAAAUAUUGUCAAAUUUUGAUUGAUGUUAAUUUGAAUAAACCUAGAAGUAUUGCUUUGGAUCCAACCAAAGGAUUUAUGUUUUUUACAAAAUGGGGACAAUAUCCUGCAAUGGUAGAAAGAGCUCAACUUUCGGGUCUUGAUAGAGUACCUUUGAUAGAACACAAAAUAGUUUAUCCAUAUGGACUAACUGUAGAUAUUCCAUCAGAACAUAUUUAUUGGGUAGAUACUUACUUAGAUUUUGUCGAGAGAAUCAAUUAUGAUGGAUCUAAUCGGCGUACAAUAAAAAAAGGAUAUCCUGUUAUAAAUUUAUACGACAUAUCUGUGUUUGAAAAUCAUAUGUAUGUAACAUCUUGGAGAUUACAAAGUGUUAUAAAACUUAAUAAAUUUAAUGGCAGUUAUUAUGAAUCGUUGAUCACAAACUUAAGUCGGCCAUUCACAAUUCAUGUAUACCACAGACAAGAACAACCUGAAAUUAAUCACCCUUGUAUGAUCAAUAAUGGAGGUUGUGACCAUAUUUGUGUUACUGCUUAUAAAAAUAAAGAAGCUAUUGCUCAAUGUUUAUGUCAACCUGGUUACAGACUUACUUCUGGAAAAUGCAUUUUAUCCAAAUUGCCUGCAUUUUUGAUAUUUGGAAAAAGUAAUCCACCAAUGAUUAAAGGCAUAUCCAUGAUUUCAAAAAAUCAUAAACAACAAAUUAUUUUACCAUUGAACGAAGGCAGAAUACCUACAACUAUUGAUUAUGAUGUCAAAACACAAUCGAUAUAUUAUUCAGGGGGGAAAAAAAAUGCAAUUGAACGAAUGAGAUUGAAUGGAACAAAGAAAGAAUUAGUAAAAAUGUUACCAGAAAUGAAUUGUGAAGGUUUGGCUAUUGACUGGACUGGUCGUAAUUUAUUCUGGACAGAUGAAGGUUUGGGUACAGUUAAUGUGUUUAAAAUUGAUGAUCCAACUAAACAAAAAGUAUUGAUAACCAAUAGAGUUUAUCAUCCUAGAUCAAUUGUACUUGAUCCUAAAAAUGGGUUUAUGUACUGGGGCAAUUGGCCUCGAGGCUCUACCAGCACCGGUGGCAGUAUUGAGAGAGCUUGGAUGGAUGGAAAUAACCAAACAACCUUUGUUAAUGUGGAUGUUCAAUGGCCAAUGAGCUUAACCUUAGACUUUUUUACUAGAAAGUUGUAUUGGUCAGAUGUUUACAAGGAUAGGAUAGAAUGUAUUGAUUUGGAUGGUAGUAACAGAGAAAUUAUUAAACGAUCAACUCCUUAUCCAUAUGGAAUUGCUAUAUAUAAUAAUUUAUUAUUUUGGACUGAAACUGCUGCUACGGAAGUAUUGAUAAAAAGCUAUAAUUUAAUAAACAAAUCUCAAGAAACAUUAGGAAUUGAAAAUCCUCCACUUUAUACAUUAAAAGUGUAUAAUAGUGAAGCUCAAGUCAAAGCGUCUCCAUAUUGGUGUGAAAAAUUAGAUUUAUGUCCUGGAUUAUGUAUGUCUACUCCCAAUGGACCAGUUUGUAUGUGCAAUGAUGGUUAUGUAUUGAGAACAACUGAUGAUAAAAAAAAAGAAUGUGUCAAGUCUAGUAAUUAUUCUACACCUAAUGCCUGUGGAGCUGAUGAAUUUCAAUGUAUUAAAAAUAAACAAUGUAUAUCAAAGAAAUAUGUAUGUGACGGAGACAAUGAUUGUGGAGAUGGUUCUGAUGAAGACACUUCAGAAUAUGGCCCUUGUGGAAAUCAUAGUUGUCCUCAAGAGAACUUUCCAUGUAGGGAUAGUAAUAAAUGUAUAUCAAAAUUCUGGAUUUGUGAUGGUGAUAAUGAUUGUGAUGAUAAAUCUGAUGAGAGUCCUGGAUUAUGUGAAUCAUGCUUAGCUUCACAAUUUUCAUGUUCAGUUACUAAACGCUGUAUUCCUCAUUCCUGGGUUUGCGAUGGCACAUUUGAUUGUGGGGAAGGAGACACAUCAGACGAACAUCAAUAUUGUGAAACACACACAUGUCAAGAACUUGAGUUUACAUGUACAAAUAGACAUUGUAUAUCUUAUGAAUAUGUUUGCAAUGCAGAAGAUAAUUGUGGUGAUGGUUCAGAUGAAGAAAAAUGUUCAGAUUGUUUUGGUGAAUUUCUUUGUGCAAAAAACAAUACAUGCAUACCUUUAAAAAAAAAAUGUGAUGGAGUUAUUGAUUGUGAUGGAGCAACAGAUGAAUUCAAUUGUAGUAGUGGAUUGAACCAUACUAAUUAUAUCUGCUCAAAUGAUGAGUUUUUAUGUUUAAAUACCACUGGUUUUUGUAUUGAUAAACAUUAUGUUUGUGAUGGAUUACCUGAUUGUCCUAAUGGUAGUGAUGAAAAUAAUUGCCAUGCAAUUAAAAAUUGUACCCUUGAAAAUUGCCAUUCUCAUGAAAUCGACAAUUCAUCUUCAAUAUUUUGUGCAUAUCCAAAUAUUACUUGUGACAAUAAGAGAACGUGUAUUUCUGUAGACAUGUUAUGCAAUGGUAAAAAUGAUUGUUUUGAUGGUUCAGAUGAAGGUGGACAAUGUGCUUCAAAUGAAUGUGAGUUAUCAUCUGAUUGUUCACAUAUUUGUCAAAAUAGUCCUGAUGGGUACAUAUGUUUAUGUCCUACCAACAUGGUUCUUCAAAAUGAUAAUACAACAUGUUCAGUGGUGAGUCCUUGUAGUACUUGGGGACGUUGUUCUCAAAAAUGUAUGAAACUUGGCCACUAUGGACAUAAAUGCACUUGUAAUGAAGGAUAUUUACUAGCUACAGAUCAUUUUACUUGUAAAAGUACAGAUACUAAUAUACCUCAAAUAAUAUUUAGUAAUAAACACGAAUUACGAGGAAUUGACCUAGUUACAAGAAAUGUCAAAUCGUUAAUUUCUCAUUUGAAAAACACUGUUACAUUAGAUUUUUAUCAUGCUAAGGAUGGAACUGAUACGCUAUAUUGGACUGAUGUAAUGGAUGAUAAAAUAUUUAAAGGAAAAAUAAUUGGUGGAUCAUUGAGUGACAUAGAAGUUGUAGUUCAAAAUGGUCUUACUACAGCUGAAGGCCUUGCUGUUGAUUGGGUAGCUGGAAAUAUUUAUUGGGUUGAGAGUAAUUUAGAUCAAAUUGAAGUGGCUAAAUUAAAUGGAAGUUAUCGAAGGACUUUAAUUGCUGGGGACAUGGAAAGUCCUAGGGCUAUUGCAUUAGAUCCAAGAUAUGGUUAUUUAUUUUGGACUGAUUGGGAUUCAACAGCACCCCGAAUUGAGCGAUGCAGCAUGGCUGGAGAAUUUCGCCAAACUAUUGUACUUGUAAGCAUGUUUUCUGAUGGAGAAUGGCCGAAUGGAUUAACUUUAGAUUAUGAACUAAAUCGUAUCUAUUGGAUUGAUGCCAAAUCAGAUACAAUACAUACUGUAGAUUAUAACGGCAAUAAUCAUCAUCUCGUAUUAAAGGGGCAUGAGCUUCUUUCACAUUCAUUUGCUAUUACUCUCUUUGAAAAUGAUGUGUAUUGGACUGAUUGGAGAAGUAAUUCAGUGAAUAAAGCUAAUAAAUGGACUGGAUUGAAUGUUACUGUUGUGCAACAUACUGUUACACAACCAUUUGAUAUAAAAAUAUUGCACCCUAGCCGACAACCAAAAGUUGAAUUUAACCCUUGUGGAACAAAUAAUGGAAAUUGCUCACAUUUGUGUUUAUUGAAUAUAAAUUCUAAAUAUAAAUGUGAUUGUCCACAUGUUAUGCAAUUAUCCAAGGACAAUCAUACAUGCAUUGAAAAUGAAAUUGUUUUAUUAUUUGCACAAAAUAAUGAAAUCCGAGGUGUUAAUUUAGAACAACCAUAUUAUAAUGCAAUUCCAACAUUAUUGUCUUAUGAUUCACAAGCUUUACUGCAUGUACAAAUAGAUUAUUUGGCUGCAGAUAAGAAAAUUUACUGGUCUGAUUAUUCAAGUAACGAAAUUAAAAGAUCUAACUUAUCUGGUGGCAACAUUGAAGUAGUUUUAGAUACAGGAAUUCAUCAACCACAUGGAUUUGCUAUUGAUUGGUUAUCAAAAAAUAUGUUCAUUGCAGUUAGUUCUGAUCAAAAUCCUCUUACAGAGGAAAAAAUCUCUGGUGCCAGAACUAUAAUAGCCUGUAAUCUGGACGGAGAGUAUUUUACUACCAUAUAUUCUAGUGAUUGGACUGAUGAAGAUACAAACAAAACUCUACAAAUAGGUGCAUUAGCUGUACAUCCACAACAAGGCAAAUUGUUUUGGACACAAGGAAUGUCAAGUGGCCAUCAUAAUAUUAUAAUGUCCAAUAUGAAUGCAUCUUCUUAUUCCGUCAUUUAUACAGAAAAAAUAAUACCUUUUGUAUCAGGUUUUACUAGCUUAACUAUUGAUCAGGAAACAAAUACACUCUAUUGGGUUAAUUCUGAUAAACAUUCUAUACAGUCUUAUAGUAUACAAGAUUCCAGAAUAAAUCCUUCUUUAAAUUUACCAGAAGAAGGUUUUCCAUCAUCUAUUGCUUUAUAUAAAAAUAAUAUAUACUAUGUGGAUAACAGAUUAAUGAAUAUUCGAGUUGCAAAUAAAAUUACUGGAGAUGAAAAUUCAAAUUUUCGCAACAUAACUGCAGAUGUGUAUGCAUUGAGUCUGUAUGAUCAAUCUUUACAAAUGGGUGUUAACUAUUGUUCAAAAAAUAGAGGAAUGUGCUCUCAUCUUUGUUUACCUACUUCUGCUGAUCAUUGGGUUUGCCGGUGUGCUAUUGGAUAUACUAUUGAUCCAAAAGAUAAGAAAAAAUGUAUUGGUGUCAGUGAAUUUUUACUGUACACCGUGGAGUCUGAAAUCAAAGGCAUAUCUUUAGUAAAAAAUGAUUCAAGACAAGUUCUAAGUCCAUUAUCUAAAACAUCAAUGGCAUAUAGCAUAGAUUUUCAUGGAGAAUAUAUAUACUGGUCAGACGAUGAGCAAGGAACUAUCAUGAGAAUAAAACGUGAUGGAACUGGUAGGCAAAUAAUUGUAAAUCAUGAACAUUCUGGUGAUACAAAUUCAGGUGCUUGGGUAUCAGGAAUUGCUGUUGAUUGGAUCGCUGGUCAUAUUUAUUGGGCAAAUCCGUCUUUAAAUAUUAUUCAAGUAGCUUAUCUUAAUGGAUCUAAUGCUUAUGUGGUGGUAGAUAGUGGAGACGAUACCAUGGAGAGGCCUAAUUCUUUGGCUGUAGAUCCUGUUGCUGGUUUUUUAUUUUGGAGUAUUAGACGUCAUCAUGGAGUCUCAAGAGCAACUCUAGAUGGAAUGAAUAAAAAAAGUAUUUUACUUAAUAAAGAUCAACCAUAUGUCGAAGAUAUUACAUUGGAUUACACGAACCGCAAGUUAUACUUUUGCCAACAAAGUUUGAUUGGUCGUUGUAAUUAUGAUGGUACGGAAUAUGAAAUAUUAUAUGAGGAUAAAGAUAGUAACCCUGCUAGUGUUGUUGUACAUAAUGGUUAUAUUUAUUGGCUUGGAAUUAUGCAAGUACAAGGGUCAUCAUCGUUAAUGGUUUCACCUAUUAAUAACUUAUCCGCAUCGGAGGAAUUAACACGAGAAUUUGGGGAACAUCCAAAAGAUGUUCAAAUAUUUUCAAAAAGUCGUCAUCAAGGAUCUAAUAUUUGUACUAAAUAUAAUGGAGGAUGUCAAGAACUAUGUUUAUUUAAUGGGACUCAUGGGGUUUGUGCUUGUACACACGGUAUUGUUGGAUCUGACGGGAAGAAAUGUGAAGAUUAUACUACAUUUCUUAUGUAUUCUCGAGUGGAUAAAAUUGAUAGUGUUACUAUAUCUGAAAAUCCAAAUUUGAACACACCAUUUAGAGUCAUGGAAUCAAAAACUUUUAUGCAGAAUAUAAUUGCAUUGUCAUAUGAUUAUGCACGUUCUUUAUUAUUUUACUCAGAUAUUCAACGUGGAACUAUUGAUGCUAUUCAUUUUAAUAAUACAGGCCAUAGAGUAAUUGCAGAAAAUCAAGGGUCUGUAGAAGGUAUCGAUUAUGAAAUGAGUGAAAAUAUAUUGUACUGGACAAACAGUUAUGCAUCUAUAAGUCGAUUAAAUCUAAGCCAACCAGAUGCUGUUCCUGAAAUAGUUUUAAAAUUAGGAGAAUCAGAUCGACCACGUGGCAUAGCAAUUGAUAUCUGUGAGAUACUGAUAUUUUGGACCAAUUGGAAUGAUUUAAAACCUAGCAUUCAAAAAUCUUAUGUUAAUGGAUUUAUGCUACAGUCAAUUAUAACAACUGAUAUUCAGAUUCCUAAUGCUCUUACAAUAGAUCAUACAACUCAUAAACUAUAUUGGGGUGAUGCAAAGUUGGAUAAAAUUGAGCGAUGUGAAUAUGAUGGAACAAACCGCGUGGUGCUUGCUGAAUUGUAUCCACAACAUCCAUUUGAUAUUGCUGUGUAUGGUGAUUAUUUUUUUUGGACUGACUGGAUGUUAAAUGCAGUUUUACGAGCUGACAAAUACACUGGUGAAAAUAUUGCAUGGAUAAGAAAAGAUGUCUUAAAACCUAUGGGAAUAGUCGCAGUUGCUGAAAAUAUUAAUGAUUGUAAUAGAAACCCAUGCAGAUUACUCAAUGGACAGUGUGAAGAUAAAUGUAGUUUGGAUAUUAAAGGUGCUGUAGAAUGUUCUUGUUUUAACAACCGUACACUCCUACCUGAUAAACAUAGAUGUGUUGAAAACAAAUUAGAAAAUAAUUGUUCAAAUAAUGAAUUUUGGUGUUCAUCUAAUGAAUGUAUACCUUUUGAAAACACUUGUGAUGGUAUAAACCAUUGUCUUGAUGAAUCUGAUGAAGACUUAAAAUAUUGUGCCACAAGGUCUUGUCCAGAAGGAUUUUUCUCGUGCCCAGAUUUCAAACAAUGUCGUCCAAAUAGCAAAAAAUGUGAUGGACUUUUUGAUUGUUUGGAUGGUUUUGACGAAUUAGAAUGUUCUUGUAAAAAUGCUACUUUUUUCCGUUGUAAGUCUGGUGAAUGUAUAGCUCCAAAUUUACGCUGUGAUCUUGAUCCUGACUGCAGUGACGCAAGUGAUGAAAUUGGUUGUGAUCUUAAGAUUUGUGAAGAUUUAAUAUUUAAUGCUACAAUAAUAAGCUGUAAUACAACUACUGCUUGUAUCCAUCCAAAUUGGAUUUGUGAUGGUCAAAAUGAUUGUUGGGAUAACAGUGAUGAACAAAAUUGCUCAACAAUCAAACAUCUAGCUACUGAAAAAAAUAACUGCUCAUCUGUUGAUUUUAAAUGUUCAAAUGGUAAAUGUAUUUCUAAAUCAUGGAAAUGUGAUGGUGAUGAUGAUUGUGGUGAUUCAUCAAAUACCUCAUUGCCUUCAUCAGAUGAGAUAAAUUGCCCUAAUAAAUGUAAAUCAACCGAAUUUCAUUGCAAGACCUUUGGAACCUACGAGUGUUUACCAGCAUCAUGGCAAUGUGAUGGAUCUCCGGAUUGCUUGGAUGGUUCUGAUGAACCUAAAAAUUGCUUAAGUAGAAAUUGUUCAAGUAGUGAUUUUCAUUGUAAUAACACUGGGCGAUGUAUACCAUCUACCUGGGUAUGUGACAAGGAUGAUGAUUGUGGUGAUAGUUCUGAUGAGAACGAAGAAAAAUGUGUAGUCAACAAUUCAACUUGUCCUAUAACCAAGUUUGAAUGCGUUAAUAAAAAAUGCAUUUUUGAGGCAUAUUAUUGUGAUGGUCAUGAUGACUGCGGGGACAAUUCAGAUGAGCCUGAAAACUGUAAGGUGUGUGAUUCUGUUAAAGAAUUUAUGUGUGAAAAUGGUGCUUGCAUCUUACUAACUGACGUAUGCAAUGGUAAAAAUGAUUGUGGUGACAAUUCUGAUGAGAAUUUUCACACUGAAGUGUGUAAACAUUAUAAAAAUGAAAGUUGUUCAUGGCCUGAUAAUUUCUUUUGCCAUAAUAAAGUAUGUAUCAAUGCAAAUCUUACCUGUAAUGGAGAAGAUGACUGUGGAGAUUUUAGUGAUGAAGACAAGUGUAAUAUUAAUGAGUGUGCACUAGCAUCUAUUACUCAAAUCUUUCGUCCUUGUGAGCAUAUAUGCAUAGAUCGUCCUGUUGGCUAUGAAUGUAAAUGCCAUCCUGGCUAUAAGUCUGUGGGUACCUUAUGCCACGACAUUAACGAAUGCAAUUCUACUGAAAUAACAAAACCUUGUAACCAAAUAUGUCAUAACACCAUAGGGUCUUAUAAAUGUGACUGUACUGCAGGUUAUACAUUAUUACGAGAUGGUAUAUCAUGCAAAGCUUCAACAAUUGAGAAGCCAAUGCUUAUUUUUGCUAAUAAACACAAUAUAAAACAAAUUGAUUUACGAGGAAUGGCAAUUGAAAUUGUAGUGGACAAUUUAACUAAUGCUGUUGCGGUUGAUUAUGAUUAUGCUGAUAGUUGUUUCUAUUGGUCUGACAUAUCCAAUCAAGGUAGCACAAUUAAACGAAAAUGCAAAGACACGGCUUCUGAGAGAUUACAUGGCCCACUAAUUAAAAGUCCUGAUGGUAUUGCGGUGGACUGGGUUGCUAAAAACUUAUACUGGUGUGACAAGGGUAAAGAUACAAUCGAAGUGUCUAAGUUAAAUGGUCAAUUUAGAAAAGUAUUAAUAAGUAAAAGCUUACAAGAACCUAGGGCCAUCAGUUUAGAUCCUAUUCGAGGAUAUAUGUAUUGGACCGAUUGGGGGGACGUGCCUUAUAUUGGUAAGGCUGGAAUGGAUGGUAGCGAACCUAAAGCUAUUUUAAAUGAAUCCCUUGGUUGGCCAAAUGCCUUAGUAAUAAGCUUAGCUACAGAAGAACUUUUUUGGGCUGAUGCAAAAGAGGACUAUAUAGCUUAUUCUGACUUAAAUGGAAACAAUAGACAUUUCAUUAUGAGCAGAAAAAUUGACCCUUUUGUUAAUAUACACCAUGUAUUUGCUAUCACUUUAUUUGAGAACUUUGUUUAUUGGUCUGAUUGGGAAACAAAAAGCAUUCAUAAAUGUCAUAUAUAUUCAGGUCAAGAAUGUCGAAAUGUUACAUCACUUGCUUACAGGCCAAUGGAUCUUAAAGUUGUGCAUCCUCUUUUACAACCACCAAGAGCAUAUAACCCCUGUGAAAAAAAUAAUGGUGGAUGCAAAGGUUUGUGUCUUCUAUCACCAAAUUUGGGUAGAACAUGUGCAUGUCCUCAAGAUUUUAUUCUUGCACCAGAUAAUAUGAAUUGUAUUGCAAAUUGUUCUUCAUCCCAUUUUGUGUGUGAAAAUACAUUUAAAUGCAUACCCUUCUGGUGGCAUUGCGAUAAACAUGAUGACUGUGGUGAUGGUUCUGAUGAGCCUGACACUUGUUUAGACUUUUUGUGUACUCCUGGACAGUUCCAAUGUAAAAAUCAUGAGUGUAUACAGCCUUCACAAAUAUGUAAUGGCAUAUUUGAUUGUAAAGACAAUUCUGAUGAAGAAAACUGUGGAAAUUAUACAUGUCUUGAUACGGACUUUAAAUGUCAACAUGGCUCUAAAUUGAGCAAAUUACCAAUGCCAACUUGUAUAUCGAAUCAGCUAAAAUGCAAUGGUCGUAAUGAUUGCUUGGAUGGCGAAGAUGAGAAAGAUUGUAAAUCGAAAACAUGUGGUGCAAAGGAGUUUAAAUGCGAGAUUACAGGGAAGUGUAUUCCAAAUGUGUUUAUGUGUGAUGGUGAAUUUGAUUGUGGUUAUGGUGAUAAUUCUGAUGAACCAGAAAAUUGUACUUCAAGAUCGUGUUCAUCAGAUGAAGUGCGUUGUAAAAAUGGUCGAUGUAUUCAUUCAACAUGGAUGUGUGAUGGUGAAAAUGAUUGUCCUGAUAUGGACGAUGAACCACCUUCAUGUUAUAACAUCACAUGUGAUCCAACAUACUUUAAGUGUGCUAAUGGAAAGUGUAUUCCAGGUCGUUGGCGAUGUGAUAAUGAAAAUGACUGUGGUGAUAAAUCUGAUGAAAUUAGCUGCUCACCAAGAAAUUGUUCAGAACACGAAUUUCGAUGCUCUGAUGGUCGAUGUAUACCAACUAGUCAAAAAUGUGAUGGAAAAAUGAACUGUUCAGAUAAUGGUGAUGAGGAUGAUUGUGAUUCACAUGUUACUUGUGGUAGUGAUGACUUUCACUGUAAUGGGUCCUAUCAUUGUAUUUCACCAAAAUGGAGGUGUGAUGGAGAUCAAGACUGUCCUGAUGGUUCUGAUGAGUGGAAUUGUACAGAUAAACUUGGAAAAGGAUGUUCAAUUAGUCGUAAUGGCCAAUUUGUAUGUAAAAAUGGUGAUUGUAUAUCACUUGGAAAUAGAUGUGAUGGCGAAGAAGAUUGUGCCGAUGGCAGUGAUGAAAACCGUACUAUGUGUGCAUUAGUGGCUUGUCCACCUGGAAAAUAUCGAUGUGACAAUCAUAAUUGCGUAUUUAAUACAAAUGUCUGUGAUGGUUUGGAUCAUUGUGGUGAUGGCUCUGAUGAAACUAAAAUAGCAUGUGCCAGUGCUAGUGAAAUAUGCGAUUCAAGUAAAUUUAGAUGUGCAAAUGGACUAUGCAUAAACCGACAUCUUCGAUGCAAUGGGUUUUUUGACUGUCCCGAUAAUUCAGAUGAACAACUAUGUAAUGUGACUAAAACAUCAUGUCAAUUUGGAACAUGUUCUCAGAUUUGCGUACCUAAAAAAAACUCCACUCAUUCUUGCCAUUGUGCCUCUGGUUAUAGCGUAAAUCUUCCUAGUAAAUCAUGUCAGGCUAUUGGUACUCCAGCAUUAUUAGUUGUGGCUAACAAUGAAGGAGAUAUUUUCUUUGUUGAUCCAUACAAAUCCCAUGAAAACUUAUUUAAAUAUUCUGCUGUUACAAUACCUUCUCAUAAAAUACAUUCAAUUGAUAUAUUGUGGACAAUAAAUGCAACAUAUCUGUUUUGGAGUGAUCAUAACUCUAAAGCCUUAUAUUCUACAGCUAUUGAUAAAUCAAAUCGAACUACCCGUGAUGUAAAUACUGCUAAAAAAAUUAUUCAAACUAUAGGCACCCCUGAAAGUAUUGCUGUUGAUUGGGUUGCAAAAAAUUUGUAUUGGAUUGAAACUUCUGACAGAACCAAAGUUAUUAAAGUAGCUACACUGGAUGGAAAAAAUAUUAGAACUUUGGUAAAACUUGAAACAGAUCGUAAACCACAAAAUAUCGUAUUAGAUCCUCAGUCUGGGACAAUGUUUUGGACAGAUUUGGGUCGUAAACCACGCAUUGAAACAUGUUCAAUGGACGGUUACAACAAACGAAUAUUUAUUAGUGAGUCUGUUCGUAGUCCUGCAGGUAUCACAAUUGAUUAUGCUGCUCGUCGUUUGUAUUGGUCAGACACCAAACCUUAUACUAUAGAAUCUGUUCUAUUAGAUGGAAAAGGACGUAAAGUUAUUCAUAAAUUUCCCAAAGGUAAACAUCCAACUAAUAUUGAGUUAUUUGAGGAUUCAAUUUAUGUAUCACUUAUGACAACGAUUGUGAAAAUUGACAAGUUUGAAAAUAAGAAUAUAACUACCUUAUCCAAAAAUAUCUUUAGGGCUACGGAUUUAGUUAUUAUGCAAGAGAAUAAGCAUCCAAAAGACUUGAAUAACUAUUGUGUUAUAAAUCCAUGUCAUCAUACUGCAUUGUGUACUUUAAGUAUGAAUCCCAAAAACAGAACUUGUAUGUGUGCAGAUGACCAAGUAGAAGUUCCUACAUUGACGGACGACAUUAAAUGUGUAGAUAAGCAAACUCCUCCUUUAAUUUGUGAUCCAUCAUGUGAUAUGGGAGAAUGUGUAUUAAAUGUGACAUCAGAAUUGGGUUAUUGUAAAUGUAAUCCAUUUUUUGGCGGAGAGACAUGUAAUGAGUAUGAAUGCCAUAAAUACUGUCACAAUAAAGCUUCCUGUUAUGUAUUCCAUGAAGACAUACUCGAAGAAUCCAAACUCAAGUGUCUAUGUUCUAUUGAUUGGACCGGUGAUAGGUGUGAUAUUCCUGUACCUCCAAAAGGUUGUCCAAAAGGAGGGGUUUGCUUGAAUGGUGGAAUUUGCAUCGACAAUAUUUGUGACUGUAUUGCAGGCUUUACAGGUGAUUUUUGUGAAAAAUGUGUGAACGUUGAUUGUAAAAAUGGAGGAGUAUGUGUUAAAACUGAUUCUGGCCAUGUUGAAUGUAAGUGCCCUGCUGGAUAUAGGGGCCCCUCAUGCACUAAAUCAGAUUGUGAUAACUACUGUAUUAAGGGAACUUGCUUUUUAGAUUCCAAUGGUCCUAUAUGUAAAUGCCAUGAAGGAUAUACUGGCCCACAUUGUGAAUUUGAUAAUUGUGACAACAAUAAUUGUUUAAAUGGCGGAUCUUGUUAUAUCAAAGACAAUAUAACUGCUUGUUUAUGUUUACCACAAUUCAAAGGUCCAUCUUGUCGUAUUGAUAUUUGUAAUUGUACAUGUGAUAAAAAUGAUCACGAGUGUCACAUACAUUGCCCUCCUAAUCGGAAAUAUCCUUUAUGUGAUCAAAUUAAUUCUACCACAAAUUUGUGUCAUCCAGAAAUGUGCAAAAAUGGUGGUACUUGUAUCAUUGUUGAUGGACUACCCGCCUGCAGGUGUGUUGGCCUUUGGGGUUCAUUUGACUGCAGCAAUAUAAUUGUGGAUUCUGGAUCUUGUUUGGGUUAUUGCUAUAAUAAUGGUACAUGUUACAUGGAAUCAAAUUCUGGUGUAAAUGAACCUAAUUGUAAGUGUAGUUCAGGAUGGACUGGAUCACGGUGCACUGAUCGGUUCACUUGUGCAAAUUAUUGUAUAAAUGGUGGCACAUGUAUAGAGCCUGAAGAAUCUAUCGGGAGCUUAUCAUGCCAUUGUCAAAAAGGUUAUGUUGGCGACAGAUGCCAAACCCAAUUAAUAGAUGAAUAUAUGUCUUCAGAACAUCAAAAUAAACACAGUAUAAAUGCUUUGUGGGUAAUAUUCUUAAUUAUUGUACUGUCAAUUGUCAUUACUGCUACUACAUAUUAUUUCACCAAGCUUAGAAGAAGAGGUCGUUCAUUUUCACAUGUAAGAAUGCAAGAAAAUUCAGAAGUCAAUAACCCAAUGUACAUACAAGAUGAUAUAGAUGAUGAAGAUAUACAUCUGGAUCGUUCUUUUCCAUUACAAGAAAAACCUAGUGGACAUUUUGGAAACCCAGUAUACGACUCUGUGUACAGUGCUAGUAGUAGUGCAUCAGUGACUGGCAGUGAAGAAAGCAAAGGUCUUUUACAGAGCACUAAUUUGACAAAUCAAAUAUUGACACCAGAAAAUAGCCAUGAUGAAACAUAA